CUCCUCCCUGUUUUCUUUCGUCGACGUGGGCGGGAGUUGUCGCCUAAUUGCUUCCGGGUUGGUGGAUGACCUUGAGCCCUCAGGAACGAGAUGGCGGUUCUCUGGAGACUGAGUGCUCUUUGCGGUGCCCAAGGAGGCCGAGCUCUGUUGCUUCGAACUUCAGUGGUCAGACCUGCUCAUAUUUCAGCAUUUCUUCAGGACCAACCUACCCCAGAAUGGUGUGGAGUGCAACACAUUCACUUGUCACCGAGUCACCAUUCUGGUUCCAAGGCUGCAUCUCUCCACUGGACUAGUGAGAGGGUUGUCAGUGUUUUGCUCCUGGGUCUGCUUCCGGCUGCUUAUUUGAAUCCUUGCUCUGCGAUGGACUAUUCUCUGGCUGCAACUCUCACUCUUCAUGGUCACUGGGGCCUUGGACAAGUUGUUACUGACUAUGUUCAUGGGGAUGCCUCGCAGAAAGCUGCCAAGGCAGGGCUUUUGGCACUUUCAGCUUUAACCUUUGCCGGGCUUUGCUAUUUCAACUAUCACGAUGUGGGCAUCUGCAAAGCUGUUGCCAUGCUGUGGAAACUCUGACCUUUUUGACUUCAUACUUUGAAGAAUUGAUGUAUGCCUCUUUGCCUCUGUUUUGUCAUGUCAUUCAGCUCACAGUAAGGAAGAAAUAACAUAAGUCUAUUGGUGGACAGGCUUCUUCUCUUAAUCUUUGAGGAAAAGGUUUGAGAGGAAUUAUGUCUAAGAAAUUGUGAGUCUGAGUUCUGUAUUCUGGUAAGUAAAUGGGGUUG